GAGAGCCGCAGACAUCAGCUAGACACUGGUCCUGAGAAGCAUCUUGCAGUAAGUGUCCCUUUUAUCUUUUGUCUUUUGUCCUGUUGCUAUGUUGUACUGUGUGUGUUGCUGUGCUAGCGCGUUGUUGGAGUGAGGUUGGGCUGGCCCAAAAAAGAAACACCCUGAUAUCUUCUUCUCCUUCACAAUAUCACAACAUCCUCAGCUUCACCCGCGCAGCACCUCUGGCUUUGUUGUUUACCUAGACAAGACGCGUUGUUCCAGCCAAUUCUUAUGACUUAGAGUGUUAACAAGACCUUCUAGAGCUCUGCUGUUUUAGACUCCUUUCUGGUAACGCCUGCGACAUCAUACUCUACGCGCUGCAGCGUUGCUACCAGCCUGACAACCUCUAUACCUCCCACACCCCCCAAGCAGCCUCUUCCCAAGGGAAAGGCAUGUCUUCUUCACUGCAGGCCAGCCCGCAGUUGAAUCCUCCGCAGCUUGGAAGCCAGUACAUGCAUCCCCCCACGUCGAACGGCCAGCAGUACCACCCGCCGGGAUCCCCUCUGUCGCCAGUACAAUACCCCCAUGGACGAGACAAUUCGGGCUACAAUGAGAGCUCGCCAGCCUCCCAGCGUCUGCAUCCGUCUGCUGCGUCACCGGGAAUGAGUGGCAGCCAGGAUUACGCAUCGCCGGUCACUCCACCAGGCAAGCCUGGCUCCACCAGUCCGCGAGCCCGGCCAGGGACCGCUGACAAUAGCUAUGGAAGCCCUCCUAUUCCUCCACCGCGCUCCUCGUCCAACAACAAGGCCCAUGUUAGCCCGCAGGAUGUCUCGUCCAGACAGGGUAAACGUCGUGAGAACGGCAGGAGCCAUGGUGAUAGCCAGCAGAGGGCCAAGGAUGAUAUGAGCCCUCCCACCAGCAAGCCCCGCCGUAAGACCCCCCAUUCACCAGAGGGCCCACAGAGAGCUGCGAGUACUCGAGAGCCUAGGGACUACUCCAAUGUCGGUGCGCUGGAGAGCCGAUCUGAAGCUGCCAUGGGUCCCAGCUCUAUUCCAACUGGGCCUGUGCAUGAACCAAGUGUCGUGCUUGAUCGUAUGAUCGUGACAAAUCCAGAUAUUGAUAUUGCGCGAGCUCAACAACGCCAGGAAAAUAUACAUAUUGAUACCAGACAUGCUCCUACUAGCUCUGGAUACCCUGAUGAAGCAGACCUCCAAGAAGAUGAGGAUGAAGGGGCGAACAUCCCCAAAAGCAGACAUGAUGGCUCCAGCGGAAAGCGAAAGGAAACCUCCUUUGGCGACUACAUCCUCGGCCAGACCCUCGGAGAAGGCGAAUUUGGCAAAGUGCGACUUGGCUGGAAACGAGACGGAAGCGUACAGGUUGCCAUCAAACUGAUCCGCCGUGAAACCCUGGGUUCCAAUCCUGGCCGUCUGCCCAAGAUCAACCGUGAAAUAUCCGUUCUCAAGAAGCUCUCCCACCCAAACAUUGUCCGCAUCCAUGAAAUCGUUCACACAGACCGUCACAUUGGCAUCAUCCUCGAGUACGCCUCGGGUGGUGAACUCUUCGACUACAUUCUUAACCAUCGUUACCUAAAGGACAAUGCCGCUCGUCGCCUGUUCGCCCAGCUAGUCUCCGGAGUUGGCUACCUUCACAAAAUGGGCAUCGUCCACCGUGAUCUGAAACUAGAAAAUUUGCUUUUAGACCGAAACCGCAACAUUAUCAUUACAGAUUUUGGGUUUGCGAAUACAUUUAACCCAAGUGACGAACUGAGUGAGGAGAUUGAAUACAAUCUCACCAACCGAGACUUCGUCAAGCAGAUGCGCCUGGACCGCACUGAUGCCAACGGACUCAGACGCGGAGAUCUCAUGCAGACCAGCUGUGGCAGUCCAUGUUACGCUGCUCCCGAGCUUGUCGUUAGUGACUCGCUCUACACAGGGCGAAAAGUGGACGUCUGGAGCUGUGGUGUCAUUCUCUACGCAAUGCUAGCCGGAUAUCUCCCUUUCGAUGAUGAUCCAGCAAACCCAGACGGAGAUAACAUCAAUCUCCUGUACAAGUACAUUGUGACAACUCCUCUCACAUUCCCUGAAUAUGUCACUCCGCACGCCCGUGACCUCCUACGCCGCAUUUUAGUGCCCGAUCCUCGAAAGCGUGCCGAUCUCUUUGAAGUCGCCCGUCACAGCUGGCUCGCUGAAUAUGCCACGGUUGUCUCUCAUAUCACUAGCAGCACUACGGAUGUAGCAGACAUUGCAAACACAACCGUUCCCUCCGAAGAAGAAAAGAGAGACACACCGCUUCUCGAGCGUAGUGCAUCUGUCCGAGAACCACCAAAGCCUCAUCAUGUACAGAACAAUACCGCCGUCCUUGGUGGGCUUACCCAGCAGCCAGGACAGGUGUCACAGACGCCAGAAGAGAAACCUAAACGCACUCGAGAUGCCAAACGUAGAACUGUGCAGGUUGAAUACGUUGCUCCUCAGUCGUCAACCGCUCGAGGUGGCUCCACCUCCGACCAGCAAAGCUCUCCUGGUCAAGCAUCCCCCGUUGCUCCAGUUUCGGCUCCAACUGCAGCUCCCGCAACCACUCGCACAUCUGCUGCGUCAACCGGCGCCAUCAAAGGCGAGCCACAACUUGACAAGCCGCUUCCCAAACCUGUUAUUGAUCGUAACCGUGAGAGAAUGGGCUAUACCAACAAUUAUGCAGACCGCAAUCAAGGUAUGACGAGGCCAAAAUCAAGAGACGUUGCACGGUCUGUAUCAGAAUUAACUGGUGCUUUCUCUGGGACUCAAGGCUCCCAAAUCCCUACAGGAAGACCCCAGACUGGAGGCUCCAUGGCUUCGGCUGGCCGAAUGGAUUCUCGGCUACCAUCCCGAGGGUCUUACAGUCAACCUGUUGCACCCGCCGUUGCUGCUACCAACGUACAAGGAAAGCUCGCACAGCCAAAGAACGGCAAGGCAUACAACAUUUCAGCCCCUAUGCCUGCAUCGCAUGGACAGAUUUCCGCUUCCGUGGGCCAUCCAACUACUGUAUCUGGUGCCCCAACUGGACCAGCUCAACAGACAUCGAAGAGCCACAAGCGAUCCAGCACUGUUACUAGUAUCAGUGAGAAACUUUUUGGAAGACCGGCAUCCUCUAUCUUCGGAGGUAAAUCUUCCACCCCCGGUUCUCCUCGUCUGAAACAAGGCAAGCGUUAUCCUCCCACCAGCAUGAAGGAUCCUUAUGUAAUGAUGGAUGAACCACGCGCAUCCAUUGAUUCCAGACGUUCCAUCUCGCAUGCCUUUAGGAGACAGAGUGAUGCUCAUAAUGUCUCUCGUCCCCGCCGAUUCUCCCUGCUCCCCACAUUUUCAAAAUUCUCCUCAAGCAAAGAGCAUCAACCUGUCGAAGAGCCUGGUCCCACUCAUGUUGAUGACUCCAUGUAUUUUCAGCAAACAGAACAACAACCACAGCAGCAGCCUCAGCGAGAGCGGCGCCUAUCCACUGCUCCUGCAGCUGUGACUGCAACUCUGGCACCGACCAACGAUCAAGAUAGUGACCUGUACAAAGACCGAGUUUCAGUCUCUAGAGACCAUCAGAUUGAUGCACUGAACUUGUCUGCUCAGAUUGACCGUCAGUUUGCCAAUCUACACAGUAGCCAGGAGGGCCAGAUCAACAAUACCUUUGAGCCCACUUAUCCACAAUCCCAUCACCGUGAUGACCAAAUGUUCGGUGUUGCAAGCUCAAGCUCUCAGCCACUCCAGCAGCAAGGGUAUUCCGAUGCUCAUUCUCAGGGCUUUGACCAGGACCACCAACCACCGCAACAGUAUGAUCAUCAGUUUGACAAUGGUUCUCGCCCAUCAAUGCAAGCCGGCCGACAACCGAGAAACAAUGUUCUCCAGAAAGGCCACCGCAAGUUCGCCGAUGCUUAUGAGUUCGAGCAGGCUCCUUCGCAUACCUCCGGAAGCUCAGGCGCUGCGAGAAAGGUGAUGGAUUUCUUCAGACGACGUGGAAAAGCCAGAGCUGGUGAAGACCGGUAGCCCGCCCCCUCAUAUUUCUAUCAAACUGAAAAAAAAAAAAGCAAAAAACGGUCAAUACACACACAUAGUUGAUAAACUGAACAAAUAGCCGGAAACAUGCAACUCAGCUCAGAUCCAACCAGACCAACACAAUGAGAUAUCCAUGUCUGUCUCAAUUUUUUUUUCUCAGAAUUGUUCGCAACACUGCAAGCGCGCACGGCUUUUAUUGAUACCUCUUUAAUUCCAAUUUGUCUUGGUUUGCGUUCCCGCUUCUACUUUUGAUACCCCUUUGUGCCCCUUGUCAAAUCUGCAAUUGGCCGUUUUAUCAUUCACCACCUGCAUUUGAUGCACCAAUUGUCUGUCUCCGCUCAAUACAACAAAAAGGGUGAUACUUUCGAUAUUUUCCACCUCAUCAAACCGAACCUCCGUACAUUGGAGUUGGAACCAGGCCGUCGACCAUUCGAUUUUAAUAUCAAGAGGGUCAGCUUAAGGAGAGAGAAAAGGUUAGAAAAAAGGAGGGUUGAUCGAAGAAUCAGAAGGAUGUUGAGUUUGAGCAGUACAGUCCGGCUAAAUGAUGAAGUCGGUGGAGUAAGGGGAUGAUUGGUAUCCCUUUAUUCUUUUCCAUUUUUUCCUUUGUUAUAUUUUCCUUUUUUUUUACUCUUUUCAUUUUAUUUUCUUCUCCCAGUGUUCCAUUUUGUUCAUUGAUUGGUCAUUGUACAACAGAUGGGAUCUUUUUUCGUGUUUCCCCCUUUUAUUCCUUGUCUCUGUUGGUGUUGGGGUUUCAUUUAUAGUUCUUUGAUUUUUCUUUUCCCAUUCAAUAUGUCUGUGUCUUUUUCUGUCUGGCCAUCACCUUCAUCGAGCUUUCUAUCCUCCCUUGCCAGAUUUUGCAUGUUACCCUCUUCUAGCCUCCCGUACCAUACCCACAAGCCUCUUGCUUUGCAACUACAUAUUUCCACCCUACCCCUUGAUCAUCCCCCGAUUCCAUACUCGCUCCCCCUUUGCCUUUCUCGUACCAAAGCAAUAUGGAAGCAAACAAAUGACGGAACAAAAACAGGGCUGUACACGAAUCCGAGACCAUGGAGGAGGAAAAGAAUAAGUGAGAACAGAAUACACUUUUCAUGUCUCAUAAUUUCCUUUUACCUUGUCUAUUUGUUUAAUUUUAAUGCUUUGUUUCCCCCCCAGGCAGCCAGCCUCUUUAACCUCUUCGUUUCUUGUUGUCUAUAAAUCCAUAGCUGCGUUUUAGUACUUAGUUAGGCCUCCUUUUUCUUCCUCUCUUCUUACCCCCCGUCCGCCAGCUGGGUCAGACAGAAUCCGCUUGCCUUGUUCUUUACGUCCUUUUACAUAUCUGCUGGCCUGCUUACCUUUUAGCAUACCACUCUGUUCAUCUACUUCUGCACAGUUGCCGGUUGUUAACAACGCAGGCCCUGAGUUGGCAAAUGAUUUAGCCGUUGAAAUUCUAAUAUUAAUGAGGCAUGCAUUGUCACCCUGUCCAACAUCAUAAGUGGCCAAUUGUUGAUACCAUCUUUCUUCCAUCCGCCCUUGCGUUUCUUUAUAAUCUCGAUGUAGACAUAAGCCAGGUAUUGCGCUGUUUAUUCAAUUACAUACCCAGAGUAUGUGGAUAUUGAGAGAAGACCGCGUUUACAAUUUCCCAUAUAGUCUGGCUAUUCAAUCAGAGAUUUCCAGGCAGAUCUCUUGCUGUCUUCAUGAUUCCUGGCCUCGACUGUGGUGUUUCUCUUGCGAAAGGGCCGGCUUCAUCACUUGACAUGUUUCAAUAUAUCUAAUGGAGGGGGCCAGGACUUCCGCUAGUUAUGGACAAGUUGAAUAUACCGCUCUACUAUAGCCAAUCUCCUAGGAUAUAGUUAUAUUUGUCUAUAAAUACGUCGCAAAUAUAUUUUUAUGCUUAGCAUAUUAUUUGUGUAAUAACUAAGAUAGAUAUAGUUACGUGUCUGGGCAAGCUGGCUUUCCGCAUGUAACUGUUUGUAUCCAAUAAACUCGUCUCUCCAUGUCCCGCUCCUGGCCUAUACUUCGCUUUUGGCCUCCCUAUUUGCCCGUUCUCUAGGUUUGCUACCGAUAGAGGUCCAAUUUACCCCAGAGCUUGAGCCAUCCAGGUGGUUAAGAAGAUCCGACCCAAGCCCGCCAAACGGCUUGGUACCUGGAACCAUUAGAAGAUCGAUCCAAUAUUGACGGGAUAAUACUCUCCGUUCAAGGACUUGUCAAAUAGUUGCACACCGAGUGUCAACUAUGGGUGACCUCAUACCUGCUGAGCGGAAACUAUACUCAUCGAAGCAGGGCC